CAGGCUACAGCGGGCAAAAGCAGGCAACACUUUAACCCUUUGGUGUAGACUGCUUGGGAUGCCUGCCUAGUUUACACCAAUAAUGAAGUAUGUCGAGAAUUUCAAGCCACUUUUCAAAGUGAAUCUUGUGAACGAAGCACUCCACCUACCACAUGUUAACUACUACUUCCCAAAGCUUCUGCCUUGACUUGAGAAAUGUCUCGCGCCAGUUCUAGCUUGCCCCGAAUUUUACGUAUUCCGAGGUCGGAUGAGGCCGACACCUAUGUUCUAGUCCAUGUCUUGUGGGUCGGUUCUGCCGCUCUGGACCUGAACCUUACAGCUACAGAAGGCGAUAUCCCCUACACUGGAGUCGUGCGACAGGCUCGUUCGGAAAGUCAUCGAACCAAAAGCUUUCAGGGGAGCGAUGAUGAUUGGACUCACAUCAUGUUGCAUGUUUUGGGACAGUUGGAAGGCUCCAUAGAAAAGUCAACAAUACCUCCCGGGAUUGAAUCCUGGGCGAGCAUUACUACAUGCAGCACUGGCGAGAAUGAAUUGGUUAUCUCGAUUCGCAGAAAAAUACAGGCUAUAACCCUAAAGCUAGGGUCCAUAAUCCUGAGGGAGACUGGGGAACAGGCAGUUGAGCUUUUUGAUUGGGCUGCUGUCGCCGUGACGAGGUCCGACUUUCUUGAGCAGCGCCUUUCAACUUUACAACAAUGUUACCACACGGCUGAAGACACCAUCAACCAACUUGUCACGCAGCUCGAAGAGCUCACUAGAGCUAAACGCCUGCAUGAAGAGCAGCUGAUAACCAACUUCACGCAACUUUUGAAUGAAAAGAAGCUCAAGAUUCGCAAUCAACAGCGCCUACUGGCCUCAGCAAAGACCAAUGUAGAUGUUUACAACAGUCAUACAGCCUUAUCGGGUGGCUUUAGCGAGCCUGUCGAGACAUCUUGGCACAUGAAACGUACCGUUUCAGAAUUAAAGAGUGAUGAUACCGAGAGCGAAGAUGUAUUUGAAUCGUUGGAUCCCGAGCGGACCAAUGCUCAAUCUAGCCCCAUCGGAGGAGGAGGAGAGGAAGAAAAAGAAGAAGAAGAAGAAGAACCAAAUACCGAUGAUUGGCUUUUUCCAACCUCGCAGGGAGUGGGGAAGGAGAAUUGUGCCGGUGGACAUAUGUCCCUGUCGCCUCAUGAUGAUCAGAGAGAGGAAAAGGCCCGCAGACCCAAAGAAGCUUACGAUCGUCCUAUUACAAAUGAACAGACGCCACCCCCGCGAAGAGUGCUUCCAUUUACCCCGAUCCCCCCGACACGAAGGAGAAACAAAUUGCGGAAUCAGCAACAUGAACGGGAAGAAAGUGCAGGAGAAACGGAUGAUGAUGAGUUAUGAUAACACCACGGACCAGUACGAAAUGCCUGUUUCCGAUGAUAGUGAAAACGACAGGCUUAGUUGAGCAAUAGGAACGUGCUGCUUGCCCUAAAUUGACGGAUAAAUGGUAUGGAGUAGCUACAUAGUACUGUCUAGAAAUGGGACUAACUGAUUCCAUUCUGAACAAAA